AUGCGUUUCUCCAAUCCCUCCGUGGCUACGGCCGUGCUCCUCCUCUCUUUCGGAGUGGAUGCAACACCCAUCAAAUCAAACAAAUCGCUCCGAACCAGAAGAAGCCUCGAUGCCACAAUCUGGAAGCCUACCGCUUUUGCUGAAUCGAGUACCCUUUCCAAGUCAAGCAACUACGUUGCAUUGAAGAAAGUGGCAGGCGGAAGCGCCAGAACUAGCGCCGCUCACCUCAAGGGUUCGACUAACGGUGCCUCUACGGGAUUGAUCUCUCUUCUCGAGGGCGAGGAAUUCGCGACUGAGAUUACGAUUGGUACGCAGACCUUUGAGGUCAUUCUUGACACGGGUUCGAGUGAUACCUGGGUUGUCGAGUCCGGCUUCGAGUGUGUAGAUGUUGAGACCGAGAAGAAGGAAUCGGAAUCGUACUGUGAUUUCGGUACCCCGUACUACACCGUCGACAAGACUUUUAAGACCAUUAAAAAUGAACAGUUUAAUAUUAGCUAUGGUGACGGCGAGUUCUUGGAGGGCAUAGUGGGUACCGAAACUGUCACUUUGGCCGGCAUUACUGUUAAGGAUCAAACUAUUGCGCUUGCUAAUUAUGCCGGAUGGUACGGUGACGGUACUACCGCUGGACUUACUGGUUUCGCUUAUCCUGCCUUGACGAGCGCCUACUCUUCCAGCGGCACACAAAAAGUUUACAAUCCUCUGUUCACAAAUAUGUACAAGGAAGGCUUGGUCGAUUCUUACUUCAGCCUUGCUAUCCUCCGUGAUGUUUCCGGAGCAUCUGGCUAUCUCACCCUUGGAGGUCUGCCACCCAUCACAUUUAACGAGACCUUUGCCACUACUCCUAUUCUCAUCACUUCAAUUACCGGAUAUCCCAAGGCCUACGACUUUUACACUAUUGAGGUUGAUAGCAUCAAUCUGAAAGGAAAGGCUCUUUCCGGUGGAUCGGGCGCUAAAUACAUUGUUGAUUCCGGUACAACACUAAACUACUAUCCCACCAGCAUAGCCAACGCAGUCAAUGCCGCCUUCUCUCCUCCAGCCACCUACAACGAUACUGAGGGCGCCUACGUUGUUGACUGCAACGCCACAGCCCCCGCGCACUCCAUCACUAUUGGCGGCACGGAAUUCACCAUCAACCCCCUGGAUAUGAUUUUAUAUGCGGGUGAUAAUGUAUGCAUUUCCGGUAUUGUUGACGGUGGGUCCGAUGUCUCGCAAGAUUUGUAUAUAUUGGGAGAUACAUUCCAAAAGAAUGUUGUUAGUGUCUUUGAUGUCGGUGCCGUGGAGAUGAAGUUUGCGCCUAACGUGAAUUACACUUCCAACGACACUUACUAA